UAUACCUCAUGGCGCCUCGAGGAUUAGACUAUGAAUCUUUGAAUGAAAAUGUGAAGAAGGUUCAGUAUGCUGUUAGAGGAGAGCUGUAUCUUCGAGCUUCUGAGCUUCAGAAGGAAGGGAAGAAGAUCAUUUUUACAAAUGUCGGCAAUCCCCAUGCUCUAGGACAGAAGCCACUAACUUUUCCUCGCCAGGUGGUUGCUCUCUGCCAAGCUCCAUUUCUACUGGAUGAUCCAAAUGUAGGACUGCUAUUUCCUGCAGACGCCAUUGCAAGAGCUAAACAUUAUCUUUCAUUGACUUCUGGUGGUCUAGGUGCUUACAGCGACUCCCGAGGUCUCCCAGGAAUUAGAAAAGAGGUCGCAGAAUUCAUCGAAAGGCGUGAUGGAUACCCAAGUGAUCCAGAACUCAUAUUUCUCACUGAUGGUGCGAGCAAAGGUGUGAUGCAGAUCUUGAACACAAUAAUUAGAGGUGAAGGCGACGGGAUUUUGGUUCCAGUCCCACAAUACCCACUUUACUCUGCUGCUAUUUCUCUGUUUGGUGGUUCCCUCGUACCAUAUUACCUAGAAGAGACUGCAAAUUGGGGUCUUGAUGUCAAUGACUUGCGAAAUGCAGUUUCACAAGCUCGUGCUAAAGGAAUAACUGUAAGAGCAAUGGUGAUUAUUAAUCCAGGAAAUCCCACUGGUCAAUGUCUUAGUGAAGCUAAUUUAAGAGAGUUAUUGAUCUUCUGUCAUAAAGAAGGCUUGGUGCUUCUUGGAGAUGAAGUUUAUCAGCAAAACGUAUAUCAGGAUGAGCGCCCCUUCAUUAGUUCUAGAAAGGUUUUGCUGGACAUGGGGCCACCCAUAAGCAAGGAGCUUCAGCUUGUUUCCUUCCAUACUGUCUCGAAAGGCUUCUGGGGCGAAUGCGGUCAACGGGGUGGAUAUUUUGAGAUGACAAAUAUUCCUCCAAAGACUGUUGAUGAGAUUUACAAGGUUGCAUCUGUAUCCCUUAGUCCAAAUGUGCCUGCACAGAUAUUUAUGGGCAUAAUGGUCAAUCCACUCAAACCCGGAGAAAUUUCAUAUGAGCAGUUUAUUAGGGAAAGCAAAGGAAUCCUUGAAUCACUAAGGCGAAGAGCAAGGAUCAUGACUGAUGGAUUCAACAGCUGCAGAAAUGUUGUUUGCAACUUCACAGAAGGUGCCAUGUAUUCAUUCCCUCAAAUACGAUUGCCACCUAAAGCAAUAGAGGCGGCCAAAAGGGCUGGAAAAGUUCCUGAUGUUUUCUACUGUCUUAAGCUUUUGGAAGCUACUGGAAUUUCCACUGUUCCUGGUUCAGGAUUUGGACAGAAAGACGGGGUGUUUCACUUGAGAACAACCAUUUUACCAGCUGAGGAGGACAUGCCAGCAAUCAUGGACAGUUUCAAGAAGUUCAAUGAUGAGUUCAUGGAGGAAUAUGAAGAUUAUAGGGGCUACUCAAGAAUGUAAGCGAUGUUUCAAAUACCACCAAAAUGUAUCAUAUUUUCUUUAGCUUUUGUAAACAAUUUGAUAAAUGCUCCUUGGAUUACUCUAUUUAGCCGUAACUGAAUUCUGUUGAAAAAUUUCUAUCUCCUGCUAGGAUUAUCAUUCCUUGCAAUAUAUAUAAGAUAAUCUCAAGCUUGAAACAA